CUAGGGGGACGUUUUAAAAGUAACACCAAAACAACCAAGCGUGGGAAACGCUUCCCUAAAACCUGGCAGUGUGAUCAACUUCAAUCAGAACGUACUAUUGAUAAAUAACGAUUCAAAGCUACAUUAUGGAACUAAUAUGGGAGGACAUCCCACCCAGUGACGGUCCAUUCUUCACCAGAGAUCUAUAUGACAAGUAUUCUCUUGCCCCUAGUAUCAAGGAACUCUGGGUUCUUAGUCAAAGUCCCACAGUGAACACUGAAGUAAAGAGAGUGACCAAGAACAUUACAAGAAAACCUGACAUUCCUCCCCCCAAAGAGGGAGAGAAGUCCAACAACAGCAAUGAUGGUAGUGCCUGUUGGGAAAGCCAGGACUCUGAGGAUGACCACAAGGACAUUAAGACUACAAUGAACAAGAAGAGCCAAGUCCAGGCAACUAGUGCUUAUCCAGAGCCAAGGGUACCUUUCCCCUGUGUAUCCAGUCUCACCUGCAAAGAACAGAUGCUGUAUCUGCAAGCAUUGACCAGCAAAUCUUGCAGAGAACCUCCUCAGAAUUUGGGUCGUGUGAAUAUUGAGGUGUCCCAGUUCAUGAACUAUCUGCAAGAUGUGGCCCGAAAGUGUGCAGAAGAUUACAACUACAUAUCCCAGGGAGCAGGGUUGUACACAGAGGAGUACUUUAGAGCCUGCUUGGAACGUAUUCAGACCUAUCCACAGCUGUACCUCAUCCAUGAGAUGACCAGUUUGACAGGAGGGACUUUCAGCCCUGACCUCUGUCUGACAUUUGAAAAACUGCUUGUGACCAUGGGCAAUGUGGUGAUUGCAGACCGUAAUUUACUGCCUGAUGAACCACAACUUGCAACGGAUUAUGAGAGUGUUUCAUCAGAGAAAAGUCCUGUUAAAAAAGCCAGUGUUUCACUUGCAGCCGUCAGCAGUGACAGUAAUGCGAAUAAACUAUGUGCCCGGUAUGAACCCCACGUGUGUCUGACCAGAGACGCCUUGGUCAGGCUGCUCAACAACCACGGCCCUGACUUCAGUGACCCCUGGGAGCUACCUUUGUGGGUGAAGACCAAGCCAGGGAAAGGCAGUAGUCAAAGGAAGACUGCUUAUAUUGACUCCCCCCUACUGAAGACAGAAGUGACCAUUAGGGAGAGGAGUCAUAUCUACCAUGAGGAGAGUCUGAUGCUUUCUGUCAGGAAAGAUGGAUGUAAAAAUGUGUCCGACAUUAAGACAGAGAUCCCGCCUUCCAAAAAACUACCCCCUGUGAAGGAGAGUUUGCAAAGAAGUCUGGUGUCAUUUGAGAGCUCCUGCAUGGACUUUGACGUGGAUCUCACUGAUCUGGAGACCUUUGGAGAGUCCUCAAAGUCUUCCGAGAAGCUCACAAGCUUGAAACAACCAAGCCCCGCUGUCAAACCUGAAGGCUCCAUACUCCCCCAGCCUAAAGCGAAGUCUCCAGAGUCUUGCAUCCUAGCUGAGAAGGGCAGUAGUGUUCAGAGAGAAGAAGGGAACUCCUGGUCUGAUACAGAGUCGUCUAAGGAAGAGCCAGCAGAGAAGGAGGACAGCGAUUGUGGCCCUGCCCCCCGCUCUGUCAUACGCCAGGCCAAGAAACUGAGGAUAGACUCGGACGAGUCGGAGGAGGAUGCCCUUUUUGAUAGAGACUCAGAGGACGAGCGGCUUGUCAUUGUUGACCUUACAUCCCCAGACACCUCAGCCAGCAAACAGACAAAGAGACUAGCCAAAACUGCAUCAAAGUUCCUUCCCCGCCACGCAGAUACACCCAUGAGCUCCUCGGCCGAGUCCAUCCACGAGUCCCCACAGAGCCACAGACCCAGCCCUGCCUUACCCCCUUCUGAGGGACCUAAGAGAGACCGCAGGAGGGCCAAGGCACCCCAGGACCAGCUGGGCCAGAUCCUGCGCAUGCAGAAAGCCAUGCUCAAGCCUUCGCAGAGCCAGGCCCAGGAACCAGCCAAAGCCUCCGCUCGGCCCCCAGAAGCCCUCUCUCCGCACCGAGCAGUGGGGCCCCCAGGGCAUGGCCACCCUCAAUCUAUGGUCAAACCCUGUGUGUCCUCCUACCUGCAGAGUGAGGAUACUUUGGACAGGGAGUCUUCCGUUGCUGCCUCCACUGGACCUGUCACAGCUGGCACCCUGCAUGGAGCACAACAGAAAAAGCUGCUGUCGCAGGAUCUGCUGGUGAGUGCGGAGGAUGAGCAGGACUACGAGGCUCCGGAGGAGGGGAACCUGCUCUACAAGCUCUACAGCCUACAGGACCUGCUCGUCAUGGUGCGCAGCUCUGUGGCCCUAGCUCAAAUCAAGACCAUGGGGGUCUAUGGACCCAAGAAGUUUGUGCCAGUGCAUGUUCUGCCCAAGCUGGAGUACCAGCUGUGCUAUGGAAUGGAGUGUCUGACCAAGAGUGAGAUCUGCCAGCUGUGGGCUGAAACUCUGCUCCACUCCAGUAAUGUCUCUUAUAUAGGUCAUAUUGACGCGCUCACAUCGAAGGUAGCACAGCUAAAAAAGCUUCCAGUAGACUGGACGCAGAAGGCUUCGAUGGACUUCAAGCCGUCCAAGUCACUGAACAUAUUGCAUCAUUUACUGAAGAAGAUCACUGUGUUGGAGGAGGGGCGCUAUAUGAUCGGUCAUAAGGCUGGGGAGCCAUUUGUCACCAUCUACAAAGCGGCGGAGGGGAGGAAGGUCAGCCGGGGGGCGUACGACCUGCAGCAAGCCCACAGCAGGCUGCCCCAGCCCCCCACCCAGGGACGUGUGCCCUGGGUGCCUGUUGACCCAGCCAAUGUGCAGCCCUUCCACAAGAAACACGGCAGAGUGCCAUGCACCUUCCCCCCUCGGGAUUUCCAGAAGCAGGCUGUACCCAACCCCAACCAGGGAGUCAAGAAGAAGAACAACAAAGGGGCGCGGGCUAAAAGACGCGAUGUGUGGUUACAAAAGAAGAAUCAGAGGGACAAUAACAGGGACAAGUAACCAGACAGACGUCCAUCUGGUCCAGUGACCGGGUGGUCGGCUGUCCCCUCUGCCGUUCUAGGUCACAAGAUUACUUGGAUAUAAACAACUGUAAGCUCACUUUAUGAGCUUACAGUUGUUUCUUUUUUGGCACUUUGUAUGUUUGAAUUAUGUAUAGUUUGUAAUGUAAAUAAAGUAGGAAAACAGCAAAAACAUGUAUUUAUUUAUUU